GACAGCUGGGCUCGCCGCGGCUGCCUCUCCGGCGCCCGCCCGCCAUGAGGAGUGCGCAGCCCCUGGUCCUUUUCUCCCUGGUUGCCCUUUGCCCGCGCGGGGACUGCCGUGUGGCCAAUGCAGAGGAGAGACUUGUAGAUGACCUUCUGAACAGAACCCGCUACAACAACCUGAUCCGCCCGGCCACCAGCUCGGCCCAGCUCAUCUCCAUCCAGCUGCAGCUGUCCCUGGCCCAGCUCAUCAGCGUGAAUGAGCGAGAACAGAUCAUGACCACCAAUGUCUGGCUGAAACAGGAGUGGACCGACUACCGCCUGGCCUGGAACAGCUCCCGCUAUGAAGGCGUGAACAUCCUGAGGAUCCCUGCAAAGCGCAUCUGGCUGCCAGACAUCGUGCUUUACAACAACGCCGAUGGAACCUACGAGGUGUCUCUCUACACCAACGUGGUGGUCCGCUCCAAUGGCAGCAUCUUCUGGCUGCCACCCGCCAUCUACAAGAGCGCCUGCAAGAUCGAGGUGAAGCACUUCCCGUUUGACCAGCAGAACUGCACCCUCAAGUUCCGCUCCUGGACCUAUGACCACACGGAGAUCGACAUGGUGCUCAAGACCCCCAUGGCCAGCAUGGACGACUUCACCCCCAGCGGCGAGUGGGACAUCGUGGCGCUGCCCGGCCGGCGGACUGUGAACCCGCAGGACCCCAGCUACGUGGAUGUGACCUACGACUUCAUCAUCCGCCGCAAGCCGCUCUUCUACACCAUCAACCUCAUCAUCCCCUGCGUGCUCAUCACCUCGCUGGCCAUCCUCGUCUUCUACCUGCCGUCCGACUGCGGCGAGAAGAUGACGCUGUGCAUCUCCGUGCUCCUGGCGCUCACCGUCUUCCUGCUGCUCAUCUCCAAGAUCGUGCCGCCCACCUCCCUGGACGUGCCGCUCAUCGGCAAGUACCUCAUGUUCACCAUGGUGCUCGUCACCUUCUCCAUCGUCACCAGCGUGUGCGUGCUCAACGUGCACCACCGCUCGCCCAGCACGCACACCAUGGCGCCCUGGGUCCGGCGCUGCUUCCUACACAAGCUGCCCACCGUCCUCUUCAUGAAGCGCCCGGACAGCAGCCCCUCGAGAACCCCCCAGCCCAGCCAGCCUCGCCUGACCCGGUCCGAGGCCGCCUCCGCCUCGGCUGCAGGCCCAGCCAGCACCCCCAGCCUCUAUGGGAGCUCCAUGUACUUUGUGAAUCCCGCCUCUGCAGCCCCCAAGUCCCCGGCCGGCUCUGGGUCCGGCUCCGACGUGGCGGGCACGGCCCAGGGUUUCCGGCUGAGGUCUUCCGGGAGGUUCCAGCAGGAUGUGCAGGACGCAUUAGAGGGCAUCAGCUUCAUUGCCCAGCACUUGAGGAGUGACGACCAAGACCAGAGUGUCGUCGAGGACUGGAAGUACGUGGCCAUGGUGGUUGACCGGCUGUUCCUGUGGGUGUUUGUGGUUGUGUGUGUGCUCGGCACCGUGGGGCUCUUCCUGCCUCCCCUCUUCCAGACCCACACGCCCUCCAAGGGGUCCUAGUCUGUCCUGCGUGCCCAAGGGCCCCGGGGCUGCAGGGUGAGAGGACCCGAGUCCCUUGGCCAUCAACCCUGUCAAACAAACAGCCACAGCUGGGGGAGGGCAGGACGGAAGCAGGGGGCUGCCCUCGCUGAAGGGAAGCCCGGCAGCAGGGGCUUCGGACAGUGUGACUCCGGCCAGUCUCUUUCCCUGCACUGGGGAGAAGGACAUGCCCGGAAUCCUGCCCACAUCCCGGCCCCACUGUCACCCCACUGCCCUCCGCUCCCCGGUCUUCUCUCAGACCCGCACACGCUUCAGGAUCCUUUCCAGCUCGAAGCCUCUGCAUUGGCUGCACCUUCAUCCCCCCGUGCCCCCCACGCUCCCGCAGUGGCUGCAGCAUCCAGUGCAUCCUCUGUCCCCAUGUCAUGUCCCCGUCAGGCCUUCCCCAGUCACCCCGCCUUCCUCCAGCCCUCCUCGGGACCGGAAUUCUCACUUGGUAGUGUGUCUGUUGCCCCUAGCUCAGCCACUCCAGUGUGAGCUCUGGGACGGCAGGAACCUGGUCCUUCGUGUUCGCUGCACAACCCCAGGGCCUAGGACA